GAAAGUGAUGGCUGUCCUGGCGAAUAUUAAUAAUAACAGCUGGGGGUGUCUCGGCACGCUGCGCAAACAUUCCAUAUGCUCACCUCUUCGUUGACGGCUUCUGAGGGAUCAAAGCACGAAAGACUAGAACGGCAUUGGAAGUGUUAAUUAUAGCGAUGAAGGCCAUCUUCGCCCUCGGCACCUGCCUGCUUUCCGCGGCCCAAUGCCUUCCUUCAGCACGCGCGACGGCCUCGUCCGGCGCCGAGGGGACUCGCUUCUCCAUCGACGGCAAGACGGGGUACUUCGCAGGCACCAACUCGUACUGGAUCGGCUUCCUGACCAACAACAAGGACGUUGACACCACCUUGGAUCACAUCGCCUCCUCCGGCCUCAAGAUCCUGCGUGUGUGGGGCUUCAACGACGUCAACAGCAGGCCGAGUCCCGGCACCGUCUGGUUCCAGCUCCUCUCGUCCUCGGGUUCUGAGAUCAACAUGGGUCCCGACGGCCUGCAGCGGCUCGACUAUGUGGUCCAGUCGGCAGAGAAGCGCGGCGUCAAGCUGAUCAUCAACUUCGUCAACAACUGGGAUGACUACGGCGGCAUGAACGCCUAUGUCAAGGCUUUUGGCGGCACCAAGGAGGGCUGGUACACCAAUGCCCGGGCCCAAGCGCAGUACAAGAAGUACAUACAGGCGGUGGUUAGCCGUUACGACAAGUCCGACGCCGUCUUUGCGUGGGAGUUCGCCAACGAGCCCCGGUGCAAGGGGUGCAGCACGGACGUCAUCUACAAGUGGGCGACGGAUAUCUCGGCGUACAUCCGCAGCCUCGAUCCGAGCCACAUGAUCACGCUGGGCGACGAGGGUUUCGGGCUUCCCGGAGACGGAACAUACCCCUACCAGUACAGCGAGGGUGUGGACUUUGUCAAGAAUUUGAAGAUCAAGGACUUGGAUUUCGGGACCUUCCACAUGUACCCCGACAGCUGGGGCGUUCCGUACUCCUUCGCCAACGGCUGGAUCAAGAGUCAUGCGGACGCGUGCAAAGCCGCGAACAAGCCAUGUCUUCUGGAAGAGUACGGCGCCUACGCUAGCUGCGAUAUCCAGAAACCCUGGCAGCAGACAGCUCUUUCGUUCGCUGCCGACGGUGUGAGCGGCGACCUGUUUUGGCGGUGGGGCGACCAGCUCAGUUACGGCCUGUCGCCAAACGACGGCAACACGGUCUAUUACGGUUCAUCACUUGCUCAAUGCCUCGUGACGGAUCAUGUUAAGGCUAUUAAUGGCUCAGGUGCCGUUUGAUUCAAAAUCUCUUUUGCAAGGUUGCUGGGAAUGCGCCCCGCUCUGCUUCUCCUUCAGCACUGGUUGCUUCUCGCCGCUGCCCCAACAAGUUGUUUGACCUCAAGCAAAAGGAAAGAGAAAACGACCGCUCGUCUGAGAGGAGAAAGUGUAUCGGCCAAGAAGUUAAGAGGUAGGAAGGGGAUGAACAUUAAGUUCUCACGAAUUCUUUUGCUGCUUGCUGGCUUUUUCGUUCCCUCUUCUUCUUUCAAUUUCUAUUAUUUCCUUAUUAAUAUCUGAUCAGUGCCUGUUCCUUUCUUACGAAGCUGAUGUUCGGCAAUCAGCUUCCAUGUGCGGCCUACUCUGUACUUCCUACGCUGUAGUAACAAUUGCAUAGUUCAAAGUAUGUCUUG